CAGGUAAAAAUGAGCCUCAAGCAGAUAUUCCAGUUGAAUCCUCUGUGAUAAGAUGCCUCUCGAAGCCUUUGUGUACGGUGGAAUCUCAGCAGUUUUUGCUGAGUUUGUGAGUUACCCCAUAGAUACAUGUAAGAUUCGCCUCCAGGUUCAAGGACAAAUAACAGAUGACGCUCUAACAGCUAUCAAAUAUCGGGGAACUUUUCAUACUCUGAGGUCAGUGAUUUUUGAGGAAGGUUUUGCAUCUCUCUACAAUGGGUUUAGAUUUGCUGCCUUAAGGCAAGCAACCUAUGGAACACUAAGGUUUGGGAUCUUUUUCACUGGCAAGUCACUGUGGAAUGAAAGAGGAGGCUCAGAUAAAAACCUGCCUUUUCUUGUUUCCUUGGGGAUGACAGCUGGAGUCAUCGGAUCUGUCAUUACCACCCCUAUUGAUAGGAUGAAAGUUCUUUCCCAGUCCACUGCUCAGACAACUAAGCGGACAAUUUUCAGUACAUUCAAAAGAAUUUACAAUAAAGGUGGAAUCAGUAGUUUGUACCAAGGUAAGUGGCCCAAUGCCAAAAGAGCAGCAGUGGUGAAUGGUGUUGAAAUCCCUUGUUAUGUCUUCGUUAAAGAUGGCCUCACCAACAGCCUAGGAUGGGAUGAUUCAAUAAAAACUCAGUUUUUAGCUGCACUGGUUGCAUCAGCUGUUGGAAUCGCUUUUUCUCAGCCCUUUGACACAGCCAAGACAAGGAUCAUGCAACAAAGGACAUACAGAACGGACAUCAGGGUGUAUGAGGGUUUCUUGGACAUGUGCAGGCUAACCAUCAGCAAUGAAGGCAGACGAGCUCUUUGGAAGGGAGCUUUUCCAGCGUGGUGCAGGAAUGGACCUUGGAACGUGGCUUUCUACAUUUCAUUGGAACAAUUCCGAAAGUUAGAUCAGUGGAAGAACGAAAGAGAUCACUCUUACUUUUAAAAUUUAUAUGUUUUGUACUGGAUUGUGAACCUACUGAUUUAAUGUUCUCGGCAUCUCAGGGACUCUCAAGAGGAAGGAAACUCAUUACUGCUAGGUUAAUGGACACUGUAAUUUAUGAAUCCACAUUAUGUAAACAAAUAUAUUAAAAAACUAUCAGAAAACUCAUCAAGUUGGACAAAAGCAAGGUAGGCACAUUGUGUCCUGUCAUGAGGACUACCUUCUCCUAUAAUUUUGCAUGCGCUUUAAAAAGUGGCAGUUUUAAAUAAUUUAUGAUUUCAUAUUUUAUAUAUGAUUAUUGUUAGAUAAAUGGGUACAAUCUCUCACUUCUAGAGAGUGUUGUUAGAUUCAGAUAUUGCUUACGGAAAGUGAUUUUAUGAUAUUUUGAGUACCAAGUUUUGGUACGAGGUGAAUUCAACUUUGAACAUAAUUUUUACUGGUAUGUGUUGUAUGUUUUUGCUGGCUAUUCGAAGCUUUUAAUCUAUUUAAAAGCUUUUCAAAUCUAUUUCUAAA